AUGUGCUUGUAUGCGCGUGUAUCUCUCUUUGUGCAGGGGGCUCGAAUGGGUAAACUGAGCCCGGCUUUACUGAACAAAGACUCAGCGAAAGCACCGCCGAGGAAGUUUGAGACGCGGGAGGAUGCAGGCUGCGUGCUGGUACGGCUUCUCCUCCUGCAGCCCACCGUCUACUUGGUCACAUGUGCCAAUUUAACGAAUGGUGGGAAGUCAGAACUUCUAAAAUCAGGAAGCAGCAAAUCCACACUAAAGCACAUAUGGACAGAAAGCAGCAAAGACUUGUCUAUCAGCCGACUCCUGUCACAGACUUUUCGUGGCAAAGAAAAUGAUACAGAUGUAGACCUGCGAUAUGACACCCCAGAACCUUAUUCUGAGCAAGACCUUUGGGACUGGCUGAGGAACUCCACAGACCAACAAGAGCCUCGGCCCAGGGCCAAGCGAAGGCCCAUUGUUAAGACGGGCAAGUUUAAGAAAAUGUUUGGAUGGGGUGAUUUUCAUUCCAACAUCAAAACAGUGAAGCUAAACCUGUUGAUAACUGGGAAAAUUGUAGAUCACGGCAAUGGGACAUUUAGUGUUUAUUUCAGGCAUAACUCCACUGGUCAAGGGAAUGUAUCUGUCAGCUUGGUGCCCCCUACAAAAAUAGUGGAAUUCGACUUGGCACAACAAACCGUGAUUGAUGCCAAAGAUUCCAAGUCCUUUAACUGUCGCAUUGAAUAUGAGAAGGUUGACAAGGCUACCAAGAACACACUCUGCAACUAUGAUCCUUCAAAAACCUGUUACCAGGAGCAGACCCAAAGUCAUGUAUCCUGGCUCUGCUCCAAGCCCUUCAAAGUGAUCUGUAUUUACAUUUCCUUUUAUAGUACAGAUUAUAAACUAGUACAGAAAGUGUGCCCCGACUACAACUACCACAGUGACACACCUUACUUCCCCUCUGGAUGAGGAUGGACAUGGGUGAGACUGAAGCCUGAGGAAUUAAAGGUCAUAUGACAGGGCUGUUACCUCAAAGAGGAAGGUCACAUCUGUUGCCUGGAAUGUGUCUACACUGCUGCUCUCGUCAACUGGCUGCAAAGACGCUAGUGGAAAACAAUCCGGUGUAAUUUCUGCCCAGUCAGCUUCAUCUCUCAGCAUAGUUGUAAAUCACUACAGGUUUUAAAGGCACACUUGAAGACAUACUCUCACACAUAGAUAUACACAAACACACGUUCAUAUACAUUUCAGCUUGCAUCUGUCAUGAUUGCUGUCAGGAGGGCUUUCGUUAUCUGACUCAUAAUGGUUCAGGAUAAACUAUCAUCAAGCAAAAGGAUUAACUAGACAGUGAAUGGUUUCUAACACUUGCUGUUAUGGAAAUCUCUUUUAAAGUCUUGAGUACAUGCUAAUCAAUAAUCCCCACUCAUGCAUUACUACUGCUUGGAGUAGCUGUACUGGUAAAUACUACUGUAGGAGUAUAUGCUUGUUCAAAUGGAAAAAAAAAAUGUGUCUUUAGAGCUCAGUAUUCUUUAUUUUAUGAACACAACAAAGUGUAGUAACUUUUUUCCAGCAUACAGUAGGCACAUUCAAGGUAAUAUAAGAUGGCUCUUUUUUUUUUUUUCUAUGGAGGGAGCCUGUUUUCAGUAAAGAUGAGCAAACAUUUGGAAUUUACAUGUGGGCAGACAUUGGAUUACAGCUUUCAUCACCAGUCUUUGGACUUUUGCAAAGUUGAGACCAACUAAGGCUGCUUAAAACAAGUUCUGAUCAUUAUAUAAGAAGGGAAAUGCCUGACAGACACCAUGUAAGUUAUAAGUGUCUGUCUUAUCUUUACUACACAUAUUGUAACAAAUUCAAUAUCCUAGUCUUCAUUUGUAUGAAUGGUUUGUAUUGUACAUAGUUUAACCAAGUGUUAUUUGAGCUGCUUAUUAAUAUUAACUUGUACUUGUCUCUCUGCUUGUUAUUGGUUAAAAAAGAAAAAAAAAGGAUAUGAGGAAUCCAUUUUAUCAAUGUAGCUGUGACCUCCAUUAAAAAGACAAACUUAAUGUACAAAGCAUUUAUUCAGCUCAAGUAUUGUUGAAAGCUAUACAUAUACAACAUUACAGUCUGUCUGUAUUUAGAUAUUUUAUUUCUGGACAAAAUGAAAUGUACAUAAAAAUAAAAUGCUUAAAGUUGAGUUUCAAUAUGUGCUUGUGUAAGAUGGUGAUUUAAAUGGUUCUGACAGGAAGAAUGUGCUGGAAUACAGUAAUGGUUUUGCAUCUCAUGUCUCUAAAUUUGUACAGAACUAUCUAAAUUGCUAUUAGUUGCCCAGUCAAAACAAGUUAGGAGUUUCAGUCUCAAGCCUGGCAAACAGUUGUGGCAUACAGCAUUGCACACAUUUUUGGUUUACUGUCGUGCUAGUUAAUUCAAGAAUACCAAAUAUCAAUGAGAAUAAGAGAUGAUUGAGGUCUCCUAAAUGAUUAUAGCUGUUUUUUUUUUUUUUUCCUGUGUAGAGUCUUUAUUUAGCAGGGAGAUUGAGAAUAAGGUAAUUUUUUUUUCUUUAAAAGAAAGUCAAGAUGUCUGAAGAAGUGUGGCUGGCUUUCCCUGAUUCUACUGUUAUCAUUCAACUCAACUGAGAAAAUUACAAUAGCAGUGAGAAGGCUUAGGUGUUCAAUUUACUUAUACCAAAUUGGAUCAAUUUAUUUAUAUAGCAUUGUUUAUGGACAUUAAACUUUCUUUUAAAAAAAAUUACUGUAUAUAAUCCCAGCAAAAUAAACAGAAGAAGAAAUACGUAAGGUAACCCAUUUUUAAAGUCACAAAUGAGGGAUUGGGAUAUUAAGAGUCUCAAAGGUUAACCAAAGAAGCCAAAUUAAAACACUAACCCAUUUUCAUCUUCCCUUCAUGCUGCAUAAGGAUAAGUAUGUUCUCAUAUAGAAAAUAAUAGAAGUACUAUAGGGAACACAAGACCACAGAGUUCUAAAGUGAGGACUCAGCAACAGAUUUGACUAAAGAAAGCCUUCAACUGCAAGUCAAAGACACAUCAUUCCAUUUAAUGUCCAUCUCUCAAAAUCCUCCAAUGUAUCUCGACAACCAUUUCUAUCAAUGCAUUAAUUAAUUUGCCGUGGAAUUUAGAAGCUAAUGUUAGAACAGACUCUAUCUGGCACAACAGGCAAUAAAUGCAUCAUGAAUUCUAACUGUGGGACAAAUUUGCCACAGAUAAAUCUUGUUAUUCUGGGAUUUAUUUAUCACAGUGAUCACUUAGGAGUUAGUUGCUCUUAGCAAAAAGAGGACUAAAUGAGAAAGAGAAAAUCAUUAAAAAAAUUUUUAGGAUCAUCUGAUUAGUGGACUGUGAUUUCCAUUACGGGGUCUAAUCUGUCCUUUUUUGAUUCCAAAUUCAAGAUGAGAUAAAAAUAUACUUCAAUCUCUACCCGUCUGCCCUGCUUUCCAAUCUCUUCUUGAAAUGUUGCUUUUUAAGAACAUAGCUAACUAACAUCC